CGCGUGUGUUUUUAUGAAUGAAUGUCGGUGACUCAGUCGAUGUGUCAUACAGCCCAGUCUUUAUAAAAGGACGUUUAAAACAAGCCUAAACAUUUCACUGCGCGAAAAUUUGACUUACACACACUCGCAUCCCUCCCUAACCAUUUGUCUGAGUGUCUGUCUAUCGUUACUAUCAGUUCAUUACUAGAACUGCACUCAAACUUUACUGAACAAAAAGUUUGGAGACAUUGUAUUUUAUUUCUUUAUUGGAUAGUUCGCCCUCAUUCCUCUACUUUUUCAUUCAUUCUCUCGUUCUUUUCCUCUUCUGCAAUCUCUUGCCUCCACUCUUUUCGCGGAGUGUGAAAGCGAGAAGAAACUGGAGCACGUGACAAGUUCGAGUUCGACUUAUUUAUAAAUUUUCUUACCUUGUUUUUUAAAACUAUUUAUUUAUUGUAAGUCGUGCAUUUAUUUAUUGUACACGAACAAAUAUGAAAUUGCUUGUCGACUCCUCCUCCUCUCUGUUGCUCUCGCUGCUAUUGGCCCAGCUUCCUUUAUUUACGUCUGCCGUCCCCGCCCCCUACCGGAGGCCGAACGUCUUGCACGAACUGGAUAGAUUGGCCAAUCAGACGAAGAAUCUGAGGCAGAUCACAGCAGAUCUAUUGAAGGAACAUGCGUUCGAGACAGACCCAGAACAGCAUAGAUUUAAGUCCCUGCCACUAAUGAACAACAGGGCCAGUGACAUCAACUCCCUUGAGAUGAGACCCACUCUCUCUCAGCUCCACGCGGACUUGAAGUCGUUUGAGCACCAUUUUGCCUGGUUGAGCAGAGCGUCAAGGAAACACCACCACCCUGCUCUCCCUAAACUGGGACAGAUGAUGUCACUCAUCAAGUCUCUCACCAGCAUGCUAGAGCAUCAGAUGAUGAGAGUUGAUGCUCAGCGUCUCUCUCCUCCCUCUCCCUCGAUGCCGCCUCCUCCCCCCUCCCAGUUUGAUGUGUUACAGUCUUCCCAGGAGCUGCUACUACAGUUCAGACUCUUCUGUGAUUGGGCCCAACGAGUGUUCUCAGUGCUCAGUACAAAGUCCAAAAUGUCUGCAGUACAAUGAUGAUUCCUGAAGUGCUAUAGUCUAUAGGGAUACACAGAAUCCACACUACAACCAAUGGGGAUCUAAUAGCUUCAACCGGCACUACAAACAAUGGUGAUUCAAGAUAACCACACUACAACCUUGCACUGUUGUCACUGAAUGUCCAUUCUCAUUGUAGCCAAUGUGGGAGCUCCAUAUUCAAACUACAGCCUGAGGAUCCACCAUAUUCACACUAUUACAAUCAGUAAUGGUCUUCAAUAUUCACAAACAUGUCACUGCCACCCCAUCCUCUCUUUUAAAUACCUUGUUCCUGACUGUGUUAUUUAUGUAUUUAUUUAUUUAUUAACUUAUUUAUUUGAUGUCAUUAUUUAUUUGAUUUUGUAACGUGUCACAUAUCAUUUUUACUUACUUUAUUGUUGUGAAUUUAAUUCCUUGUACCUUGUCAAUACUCCUAUUUUGUUCUCUCUCUCUCACCCUUCAUCCCUCUUCCCAAACUAAACAAGGAGACCACGCCGUAGCACUUCCUGACUUCUUACAGUCUCUAAUGAUAUGGAUUGUAUUUUCAACUAUUUAACCUGUCUCUCUUUACAAAGAGUAGCCUAUUUCCGCCAGUAGAUGUAGCAAACACACUUGGCUUGUAGCAAGCAUAUCUUGGGAGAGCCUACAUGUAUUUUUAUUACAGUGCUGUACUUUACCUUGUAGAUUUAGGGUUACUCAUAGAAUCUUCUGAACAUGUUAAAUGUGCCACCUGUUUGGUUUUGUAAACUGUUAAGCAAAUUAUGAACCAUGCCUCAAUCAGGAUGUCAACACAACAUAGGAGGGUAGAUCAUUUUUCCAUGGGUUUAGUUGCUAUUUACAGUCACUGUGUCCCACAUGUAAAAAUAACAGGUGGUAUAUCUAACGCUGUGGUAAAGGUUUAUGAGUAUGCACUGAUCUAGGACCUGAUCUAAUCUCUUUGCACAAAUUUGUUAGGAUUAGCCUUUUGAGUCAGCUGACCCUUACUCUGUGCCUUGGUACACAUAAUGUUUGAGCGUUUUAGUGACAUAAAUAAGAAAUUAAAAAACACCCCAAGCCUUAAAAUACUAUGUAUUGUGAUAUUGUGAUACUACGGUUCUGCACAGUUGUACAAUAAUGUAAAUUGUUGUACACAAUGCAAUUGUCUAUUAUAGUUUUCUAUGAUAUUUAAUGUAGAACACUCUGUCAAUGCUAUCCCUAUCGUUUUGUCGCAAUAUCAAUAUUAUUCUAUUCUAGUAUUUUGUUACAGUAUUUACUAUUUAUUUAAGUUACUUUGGUGGAACUAUUUAUUUGCGCUGCAGAGGAGCAAGUCUCCUGUUGUUUUUGUACUUUUAUACGGUUUCUAUUCAUAUUUACCAUUAUCAUUGCUUAUCAUCCAUGUUGAAAUCAUUUUAGUACCAUGCGUGAACGCUGUGGAAAACCUUGUGCUUGGGGUCUCCAGCACAGACUGACUGAUUGGCCUAAAUGUGAAAUGUGUGCCUUGAAAAAAAAGUUAAUAAAGAACAUGCACAAUGA